UUUAUUACUAUCCUACCCCCUUCCCGCUGUAACUAUUUUUCCUUCCCGAAAUUUCCUUCCGUGCCCUCUGCGCAUAGACAACAGGCAGCGGAGCUGAAUCAAUCUAUAUGUGCGAAGCUUUAGGACGCAGUGGUUGCUCAAUUCAUCAAGAACACUUUUCCUUCACUGAAAUUUUCAUAGACAACAAGUGAUUUGGUUGCUGCAACUGGGACUUGGGAACUUGUGGUGACCAAGAAAAAAAUACCUUCUGUUGAUUACAGCACCGAUGAAUACAACGUCGUUCUUAGACAAGCAGAUAAUGGAUCUCUCGCAAGGAUCAUCGCAGCAGAAUGACUUCAUCGGCCUGAUGAACCAUCCCCAAGAGGUGGAACAGCAGGUGGGCUACGGUAAUGGGCUUUCCAAGAAGGACAAGAUCUUAUCCAACUAUUUCCAGUCCAUUAGUCCCAACAUCGGAUCUUCUUUCCAGUCCCCAAAUAUUGAUGCCAAACAUAAUCUUGGAGGUGGAGGAGAAGGAUCCACUAGGGCAUGGAACUCCUCCGAGUCAAAGUCCAACACUACGUCUCCUACCAGAAAUUAUGGUUCUCUGGAUUCCAUUAAACCAUCAGAAUUUAUUUUAGAGAAGGACCGAAAUGUUCCUGAUGCUACAAUUGUGUCAGAGAUUGACCGCACCAUGAAGAAGCAUGUCGAUAGUUUACUCCAUGUGUUGGAAGGUGUUAGUGAGAAACUAACACAACUAGAGAGCAGAACCCGCCACCUUGAAAAUUCUGUAGAUGAUUUGAAGAUAUCUGUGGGAAACAAUCAUGGGAACACUGAUGGAAAGAUGAGACAGUUGGAGAAUGUUCUUAGAGAUGUGCAAACAGGUAUUCAGGUAUUGAAGGAUAAACAAGCAAUAGUAGAGGCCCAGCUCCAGCUUGGGAAGACACAGGUAUCAAAUUCCAAGGUAGACACUCAAUCGCAAGUUUCUGGGCAGACAGUAGCUUCUGAAUCUACGCAAGCUCACCAACAGUCUCCUCACCCUGUGAAUCUUCCAUCUUCACUUCCUGCUGUCUCUCCACCAAAUGCUCCUCCGCAACCUAUGUUCCAAAGUGUACUACCUUCAGUUCCGCCUCCAAAUCAGUUUUCUCAGAACCAGAUGCCUCCUGUCCCUCAGCGAGACCCUUAUUUUCCAGCACCUGAUCAAACUCAAGAAGCCCCAAAUCAGCAAUACCAGUUACCUCCAAGUCAGCAGUCACUCCCCCCUCCUACAGCAGCACCACAUCGACAAUUUCAACCUACCACUCAACCACAGCAUUCUCAGCCACCACCUCAGCUGCCUCAACAGCACCCUUCACUUGCACCUGUUAAUCCCUCUCAACUCCGGCCUACAUUAGGCCACCAUGCGGAAGAGACACCUUAUGUUCCUUCCCUAAGCUACCCACCCAAUCUUCCCCAGCCACCUUAUCAGACACCCAGUGGGCUCCCUCCCUCCCAACAGUAUUAUGGUCCAGGUUCCCACGCCUAUGAACCACCAUCUAGCAAAUCCAGUACAGGAUUUUCUUCUGGGUAUGGUCCUCCAUCUGCGCUAGGUGAGACAUAUCAUUACGGUGGAUCACUUCAAGAUGGCGGUUCCUCAAUGAAACCACGAAUGCCUUCUUCUGCCACAGCUCACAGUGGAGGAAUUGGUUACCCACAGCUCCCAGUUGCUCGAGUAUUGCCUCAUGCAUCGCCUGCAUCGCCUACCUCUUCUAGGGUGGGCGGUUCUUCAGGUUCAGCUGGGACUGGAAACAAGGUUCCCAUUGAUGAUGUGGACGACGAUGAUGAUUUUGAUUGGGAAGCAGCUGCUAGAGCAAUCGACGUUGUUUAUCAGACCCAGGCCUCAAAGCCCUCUACUUCACUCCCAGACCAAUCUUCCCAUUUUGCCCCUCCUCCCAAUAACCCCCCAAUACAAAAUUCAGUCGCCUCAAUCUCUGAGAACAUGAAGAAGCCUGGUUCUUCACGGCAGACCACCCUCGACCAGUUUAUUGGGAGGGCUUGCCCCAGGCCUCAGCCGGAGAGUCGAGAUGUGGAAGAACACAACCGGGAUUGUAAUGAGGGUGAUGGCAGAGUGUCCUCUGUUCAAAUUGAUACCGAGGCAGCUAAAACUUGGAUGUACCCAGUUAAUUUUCCUCGGCGUGACUAUCAAUUUUCUAUUACCAAGAUGGCACUAUUUUCAAAUACAUUGGUGGUAGUGCCGACUGGACUUGGGAAAACACUUAUUGCCGCAGUAGUUAUGUAUAACUAUUUCAGAUGGUUCCCUGAUGGAAAAAUAGUCUUUGCUGCUCCUUCUCGACCUCUUGUUGUGCAACAGAUACAAGCAUGCCAUAAUAUUGUAGGAAUAUCACAAGAAUGGACAAUUGACAUGACAGGUCAGAUAAGUCCUACAAAAAGAGCAUCCUUGUGGAAAACUAAACGAGUUUUCUUUGUUACUCCCCAAGUGCUGGAGAAGGACAUUCAGUCUGGCACAUGCUCAAUCGAAUACUUGGUAUGUUUGGUGGUUGAUGAAGCUCACAGAGCAUUGGGAAACUAUUCUUACAGUGUUGCAGUUCGCGAGUUAAUGGCUGCACAAGUGCAACUGAGAAUUUUAGCUCUGAGUGCAACACCGGGAUCAAAGCAGCAGGCUGUCCAGCAAGUUAUUGAUAACUUAUAUAUAUCAACACUUGAAUAUCGCAAUGAAGAUGAUGCUGAUGUCAAAAAAUAUGUUCACAACAGGGAGGUAGAGUUGAUUCAGGUCGCAAUGGGUCAAGAAGCUGUUGAGAUAGACAAUAAGCUCGUGGAAGCAAUGCGACCAUUUGCAACCAGGCUUUGUGCAAUUGGAGUUCUCCCAACUAGAGAUGUUCAGACUUUGAGCCCAUGUUAUUUACUUGAUUCAAGGGAGAAAUUUCGUCAAGCACCUCCAGACCUCCCCCAAAUUAAGUCUGGAGACAUUGAAGGUUAUUUUGGAGCACUCCUUACGCUUUACCACAUUCGUAAGCUAAUAUCAAGCCAUGGAAUAAGGCCAGCAUAUGAAAUGCUUGAAGAAAAAUUAAAACAAGGGUCAUUUGCAAGGUAUAUGUGUAGAAAUGAAGAUAUUUCUAAAGCAAAGCUCAUAAUGCAGCAAACUUUGUCUCAUGGUGCUCCGAGUCCCAAAUUGUCCAAAAUGUUAGAAGUGCUGCUUGAUCAUUUCAAAACAAAUGAUCCACAGAAAUCAAGGGUUAUCAUUUUCUCAAAUUUUAGGGGCAGUGUCAGGGACAUAAUGGAUGCGUUAGCAAACAUCGGCAAUUUUGUUAGAGCUACAGAGUUUAUUGGUCAAAGUUCAGGGAAAGCAUUAAAAGGCCAGUCACAAAAAGUUCAACAAGCUGUUUUGGAGAAAUUUCGUGCUGGUGGAUACAAUGUCAUUGUUGCCACAUCAAUUGGCGAAGAGGGCCUGGAUAUCAUGGAAGUUGAUCUAGUUAUAUGCUUUGAUGCUAAUGUAUCACCAUUGAGAAUGAUUCAGCGCAUGGGGAGAACUGGAAGGAAGCAUGAUGGAAGAGUCGUACUAGUUUUAGCCUGUGAAGGGUCAGAGUUGAAGGGUUACAAGCGUAAGCAAGGAAACAGUAAGAAUAUGAUGAAACACAUGCGAAAUGGGGGGAGAAAUAGCUUCAAUUUCCAUUCUAGUCCGAGGAUGAUCCCUCACAUUUUCAAACCGGAGGUCCGGUUUGUUGAGUUUUCAAUUGAACAAUUCAUUCAUCGUGGAAAGAAAGUGAUAGAUGAUAACACUAUUCAGACACCUGUUAUUGCAGACAAAUUAACUGUUGCUGAGACUACAUUAAUUGCCAAGUAUUUUGACCCCCAUGAAAUUACAUGGAAACCAUCUCUUAUUGCCUUUCCUCACUUCCAAACAUAUCCUUCAAGAGUGUAUAAAGUAAUGCAUUCGCAUAGGACGACAAUGUUAAUUGAUAUGAUGCAAUGUUUGCAAGGACUAACCUUUUCUAGGGACAGCAAUAUUUCCCUUCUUGAGGAUGAAAUAUGUUUAAAGAAGUGCUUGGGAGUUGACACUGCUGAACAACAUGACAAUAAUGGAGAAGAUUUUCUGAAUCCUGAUGAUUCUGAAGUAUCACCUACUAGAACAUUGGAAACUGAGGAGAAGCAUAACGAACUUAAUUUCCCUGGUGAAAAUCCUUAUGAGCACUCUUACCUCUUUGGUUCAGAUGUUGUAACUGUUGAUGCCUCCGGAAAUGUCCUAGUCAUGGUUGUCCCUGUGUUUCCUUGGAAAGACUUAUCGCAUUCCAUGUCAACAAGUGCAAGCAUUAUUAAGUUGGAUAACUUGAAGCAAAAUUCUUGCCAUGCAAGGACUUCAGAUGAAGACCACACAGAACUAACUACUGAAGCUGGUCCCAGUGGAGAUCUGAAAUCGACUCAGAUAACAUGCAUGAAGAAUGAGAUUUCACUUAAGUCUCGAUGUUGUGAUUCUGAAACCUGGAUGGAGAAAUCAGUCGGCAGGGUUGAAAAAAUUCCUCAAACUCCAAUUUUGAAGGGAAAUUUGUCAAAUCAAGGAGCUAGUGUCUCUGAGUCACCUGAUGUUCUGGAAAGCAAGGCAUCAUUAUUUCUGGCUGAUGAAGACAAUAAUUUUUUCAGAGAUGGUGAGCUCAGUCCACGGCUUACUAAUUUAAUCAAAAGUGGAGUUGUCCCAGAGUCUCCUAUCCACAAUAGUGGACUAUCAAAUAACACAGAUGAGUAUCUAGAACCUGACCCUGUUUCACCUGCCCAAUUACAUACUGGAAUACUAUUGAAGUGUUCAAGUCCUGGGAAAAGUGAAAAAGUCAAUAUGAGAGGCAAUGCCUGUGGAAGAAAUGUCUCUGUUUCUCCUGUUGAUAAUGAAAUUCAAACUCCCUUGCAUAACAAGGGUGAAACUGCAAGCAUAAGAGGAUGUACCUCCACAUCACCAAUUAUUGAUAGAGCCCAAACUGUUUUAGCAGACCUUACAAACAAUAGCUGUGGCAAAGAUUGGCAUUUAAGUUCUGGAGGCAAGUUGGAAAGUGUAAAACAGGCACGCAAGUUUAAAAGGUUACGCAAAGUUGGGGAUCAUUGGAAAAGUAGGGGAGAAAGCAUGACAAAAAAUGUUGGGUCAACAGAAAACCCUGCCAGAUCUUUUUCUAGAGCUGGUCCUCUCCGUACUAAGCACGACAGAGGUAAAAAGAAGUCAGUUGAUGAUGUAAGGGUCUUCAUUGAGGAGGAAGCUGAGGUAUCUUCAGAAGCUGAUAUUUCUGAUGAUGAGGAAGAUGAGCGAGACAACUACUCAAAUGAUAGUUUCAUAGAUGACAGGAUAAAUCCUACGGUUGCCGGUACUCAGUUUGCAAGCGGUGGAAUUGACAUGAUGGCAAUAUACAGGCGUUCAUUGCUCACCCAAUCACCCCUGGAGAGGCAGCCAAGCAGUUCUGCCACAUAUUCACCUGAUUCUGUGGCACCAACAAUGAGGACAACUGAAACUGGAAGUUCUUGUGGGAAACCAUUCUUCUCUCUCCAAACUCCUCAAAGCGAUUGUACAAAUCAGGCAAACAGGAUGGAUUCGAAGUCCUUCCAAAUGAACUGUAACGCUGAAGGCACACCUUGUACAACUGGUGUUUCCCCGGGAUAUGAGAUUGAAAGCCGAAAAAGAAAAUUGAGUUCUCAUCAUUCAAGAUCUGUUCCUGCAGUCAACUUGGAGCGAGAGUUCUCACUCCAGGCAGAGGCUGCAGGCAGAGACUUGCAGCACAAUGAUGCAAAUGGGGACGUGCUUUAUGAUGAUCUAUUUUUUGAGGGCCUUGAUCUUGACGCAGUGGAAGCGCAAGCUACAUUGCUUCUUAAACAGAAAUCAGAACUGCCAAGGCAGAAGCAGCAGAUGGUUCCCAAUAUACACCCACAAAAUCCUAGCCUACAACAUUCUCCGACAUUUGAUCUUGGAAUAUAA